ACCACCCACCAACAUUACGACUUACUAGUAUGCGCUAUUGGUAUACCGCUGGACAUUUACCUACAGUACGCAGAGUCAUGGCCAUACGGAACAUUCUUAUGUCACGUGAUAUACCCGUCCCAGACCUGCCUAAUACUCAUCUCAAUUUUGACGUUAAUGGGCAUGAGUCUUGAGAGACAUAGAGCUAUAUGUAGUCCUCUUAAGCAAAGGGUGAAACCAAAAUGGCUACGUUGUAGCAUCGUUUGCAUCUGGCUCAUAGCAAUUGCAGCCGUCAUUCCUUACGCUAAAAUAUUAAAAUACACAGAUAAUGAUUGUUUGGAAAAUUGGUCAGUUCCGGACAACGCCAAAUACUAUACUCUAGCAUUGUUCAUGAUGGAUUAUUGUAUACCAUUGACUAUAAUUACAUAUUGUUAUAUCAGAGCCGGGUAUGUUCUCCACACAAAGUUUAAAAAGUUUAAUAAUAAGGAAUCGACCUCUUCCGUGCAGAAUAUGGCCACUAUGAAAAGAUUACAACAGAAGAAAAAAGUCAUCAAGAUAUUCAGUCUUGCCGUUAUCCUCUUCGUAAUCUGCGUGUUACCAGGCGACUGCUACUGGAUGUGGUUUUCAUUCAGAACCAUCGAGUCCCAUCCCUUAGACACCCACCUCCAGGCUUUCUCCACCAUCACACUGUAUGCAAACUCAGCCAUAAACCCGUUUAUUUUUGGGGCUGUUCAAAUGGUUUGUCAUCGAAACAUGAGGUCACGAAUUAGCGACCAAUUAACCAGCACGACAGGUUUUUCAGGAAGUGUCAGCUCUGCCGGUGGUGAUGGAUUCAAUCGCAAAUUUUUUUCACGAGCCGCUCUGCGAAGACUGACGAAGUACAGGAGUUUGAGAGGAAAGAUGGAGGCACAGGAUUCAAACAGUGAGACGAAAGGUUUGAAUAACACGAAGCAAUUGGAUGGCGAGACAAAAGUAAAAUAUCGCGACAUGGCCAAUGGAUAUCGUAGUGAUACGCACAAGAAAACAUGCGAUACAAACUUCAAUCUACCAAUUUUGGGAGAAAAAAUGGUUGAUAAAGAACAAAACCCGGAUGACACCAAACAAGAAAUGCGUGAAAAAGAAAUACUUGUUACUAAUCAUGACACGAAGAAGGGAAGGAUUGAAACGAAAGAAGAAAUGCGUGACACGAAAGAACAACAACUUGAUACUAAAGAAGUAAUAGAAUAUGAAAUAUGUACAUCAAACGACACAUUAAAUGAUAUAAGAUCAAUAUCAAGCGACUCUUCUGCGACUUUACAUCGAGAAGAAGAUGACACGUCUAGUUUGACAAGUGAAAUGAUUCAUGACACGAACUGUAAGUUGAAAGAACGAACUGGAAGCUCAGAUUACCAAUGUUACAACACGAAUGAAUACACAGAAGACGAAAGAUUGCAUGAAAUGGCUCAUAAAACAAACAGAUCAAAACAAAAUGAGUUUGAAAGUUCCAACUUAAUGGCAUCAAACAAUAGCACGAAACAGGGUAAUGUUGACCGCAAAAUCACUAUAGAAGAUCGAAAUUCUCCAAAACAUAACGCAUGUGAAAAGGACAUAAACAAUGACUUCAGUGAAAGUGCAGCAUCUGGACGCUGCUGCGAACAAUUAAACAAUAAAACCGCACACAAUUUAUUGGAAUUUAUUCUGUCUAGAUCAGUCAAAGAAUCAGACGUGUAGAAAAUUGACUAUUAUUUUGACAGAGGUGCGUUGAGGUUACAUCCUGGGAUAAAAGGACGAACUGAAAUUAUAACUUUAUAAGUUUAGCGUACAUUAUUUAUUUGCCUGUGAUAUAUAUAGUUACAGCAUUAAAAAACAGCCAGUGUACUGGCACAUAAUUGUGAAUAUUGAACAAACUUACUUAGUACUCAGCUGGCAACGAAAUUAAUCACAUGUAUAUCAUUUUGUUAUUCUGAUCUUAGGUUAUAGCGUGAGUUAUAAUGAGAGGCAAUAAAAGAGAAACAUGCAUAUAGAGUAACGUAGCCAGCCUGACGAUUUUUUCCGCUACGCUAAUAUUUUCGUGCCCAUAGACCAUGAAAACAAUAA